GCUAUGCAAUAGUAUCAGAAUUUGCCUGACUUCAGAGAAGUACGCACGCUCUAAAAUAUUACUAUUUUCACUUGGAUUUAUCAGUUUUAAUACUUCAAUAAAAAUGAAGGCUGUUACACAAGGACUUACCAGAAACACCGAGAUCGGUUUGAAAGGAGAUAUGUUCAGGAUUAACAAACCUAAACUUGACGACGGAGAGAUGGCGGCCUGCUUCCUCAAACUGAAGGAGCUCGUACCCGGCAUUCCAGACGACAAGAAAAUCUCCAAGACACAGCUUCUCCAGCAUGUUAUUGACUACAUCUAUGACCUGGAACUAUCCCUGGACUUUCAGCCAGUAGUCUUCAACUCGACUCCUAGGGAACCAUUGAUGGAAAAGGCUGCCCCAAACCAUACUGAGAAUAUUGUCAGUAUGGAAGACUCUGACAGUGAGAUUGAGAGACCUGUAUCCAAAUAAACCCACAGAAAGACUCAGCUCACGAGUUUUUUUAUUUUGGAUGUUGUAAAGUGAUCCUCACCAGAAAAGGGCCUUACAACGUGGUUCUUCACUAAGGGUUCACGGUAACGUGGAGUUGACGUUACGGAGAUGACAAGACGUGACCAAUUUUUGGCGCAACAUCUGUGACGGAUGAUUUCAUGAUGUUUUUAACCAUGAGAGUUACGUUUAUGUAAAUCCAUGGACGAACUUUCAGGGAAAUAACUACACAGUUGCUAACACUGUUGUUACAUACGUUACCAACACACUCUGUAAUAUACGUUACGCUAUUGUAAAAUAGGUUGAAGCGUUACUUGGGAGUUAUUACUUCUGUUAAUUCACUGAGGAAUGUAGUAUAUCACUGCCAGUGCUGUAUAUGAUAUUAUUAACCCAGUUGAGAUAAUUCUUACCAGCUGAACAUGUAUAGGUAAUGUAAUAAUACAAACUAUGGAAACAAGAAGAAAGAAUUUUUAGAACUUUCACAUUUCGUCUCAAGAAGACAUUUGCAAAUAUUAGAUCUUGCAUACUGAUAACUUCAUGGAUUUAGUGUUUAUCUUGAGACUUGAUGGGACACAACGCCGGUCCGUUGCGAGUCCCUUUGAGAGAAGAUGUUGAACAUCAGAAAAUGUGAAUUAGCGCAAAGAUGAGAAAUUAGAUAUAGUGCACGUUAUUUUGUUCUAAAGUUUAUUGUUUGUUGAUCUUUUUUACAUUUCUUUAUAAUAAAAAAUGAUUGAAACAUA